AUGCCGCCACCUUGGAGGAAACGUGUAGGAUCAUCGAGAGCCUCGAGGACUACCAACAUAGUUAACCCACCUCAAAAGCUACACGAAAGGGCUGUGAGGGGCAAUAUGGUCACAAAAAUGAGCGAUAGGGAUGGAGAGGAGGACUCACACAUUACCUAACUCAAUUUCGUCCAAGGACAAUGAGAAAUUGUACGGAACGAGCUGUUUCAUUUGUGGGGGACUAUAUAAGAAGUGUGACUACCCAAGCUUCAACAAGAGGCCAUAGUUGAACAUCAUUCAACUGAACAACGAUGAGGAGAAAGUUAAGGAAGGUAUCAACUCUUUUGAAAUCAUUAACUGUUUACAAUCGACACAAGGGUAAUCAAGAAAGAGAUUAGUGUAUGUCAAGGCCCAAGUUGAUGAAAAAAUAAUCGUAGAAAUGGUGGAUAGUGGUGCAACAAGUAACUUCAUUUCUCUAGGAGAAGUUUAG